AUGGACAAGUUCCGGAUGAUCUUCCAGUUCCUGCAGUCCAACCAAGAGUCCUUCAUGAAUGGCAUCUGCGGCAUCAUGGCCCUGGCCAGCGCCCAGAUGUACUCCGCCUUCGAUUUCAGCUGCCCCUGCCUGCCGGGCUACAAUGAGGCCUACAGCGCCGGCAUCCUGCUGGCGCCCCCCCUCGUGCUCUUCUUGCUCGGCCUGGUGGUGAACAACAACGUGUCCAUGCUGGCUGAGGAGUGGAAGCGGCCCCCGGGCCGCCGGACCAAGGACCCCGCAGUGCUGCGGUACAUGCUCUGCUCCAUGGCCCAGCGCGCCCUCAUCGCGCCCAUCGUCUGGGUGGCCGUCACGCUGCUGGAUGGCAAAUGCUUCCUCUGCGCCUUCUGCACUGCUGUGCCCGUGACGGUGCUGGGCAACGGCAGCCUGGCCCCUGGUCUCUCUGCGCCCGAGCUCGCCCGCCUGCUGGCCCGGGUGCCCUGCCCUGACGUCUAUGAUGGCGACUGGUUGCUGGCCCGCGACGUGGCUGUGCGUUACCUGCGCUGCAUCUCCCAGGCCCUGGGCUGGUCCUUCGUGCUGCUGACCACACUGCUGGCAUUCGUCGUGCGCUCUGUGCGGCCCUGCUUCACCCAGGCCGCCUUCCUCCAAAGCAAGUACUGGGCCCACUAUAUCAACAUCGAGCGCAAGCUCUUCGAUGAGACGUGCACGGAGCACGCCAAGGCCUUCGCCAAGGUCUGCAUCCAGCAGUUCUUCGAGGCCAUGAACCACGACCUGGAGCUGGGUCACGCCCAUGGGGCGGCGGCCACGGCCCCUGCUGGCUCGGCUGCCCCCGAGACCACGGACGGGGCUGAGGAGGAGAGGGAGAAGCUGCGAGGCAUCACGGAUCAAGGCACCAUGAACAGGCUGCUGGCGAGCUGGCACAAAUGCAAGCCGCCCUUGCGGCUGGGCCAGGAGGAGCCCCUGCUGGGCAACGGUUGGGCGGGGGGCGGGCCCCGGGCUCCACGCAAGGAGGUAGCCACCUACUUCAGCAGAGUGUGAGCUGGGAUGGAAGAGUGAAGCCUGCCGGUGCCACAGUACAAACUCCUGGAGCAGACCUAUAUGCCCAGGUGCUCACCUGCCCACUAAGGCAGGAAAUUUGGGAGCUAGAAGGGGACAUCAGUGCCCCAGCUGCGACACAGCAGUAUUAGUCAGAAGGGCUCAGAACUGGCUGGGGGGGUCUGGGUGGACAAGCUCCCACCUGCCCAGCCCUCUCCCCAGCCAAUUCAUC